AUGUUGAGAUACUCUGACCCUCAACACCUUGCAGUGCUUCUGAUACGUGGGGCCAUUGAACGGCUGGUCUUUCUACUCGAAACCGCGUCGAGAGAGGUGCAGGCAAGAGCUUGCCAUGCGCUUCAACGUGUAGCCUGCGCCAGCACGAGAGGCAUGCAGGCGCUGCUGGUGUGCGAGCCGCUACCUGCUCUCAAGGAGAUGAUGGAAAGUGAGGAUCCAGCAGUGCAGCUGGAGGGAACCGUGCUGGUUGCAAACACCAUUGCAUUCGGAGGACCUCAUGUGGAAGAGGUCUUGAAAAUAGGUUGCGUGCCGUUGCUUUUGGAAUGCCUGCGUGGUCGAGAGGAGACCUACCCAGAGACGAGACGUGCAGCAGCAAGGGGUCUUUGCGCGCUUAACAAGCGCGCCCCACAGCCAGAGUUGUGGGAGGCGCCCAUGGUUGCAGCCGUUUUGGGGGCAUUGCCUUCCGAUGCCAGCGCGUUGGACUUCUUGGUUUCUGUUCUGCGGCUCACGCCCGGAGACCUUUCGCAGAAACUCCGAGAGGCGGCUUGCGCAUUCUUAGAGAACUGUGGCUUGGAUGACAGCUUGCAGGGGCAGGUUGGUGGUGCGACGGAACCGUCAAUUGACUGUGGUGGGUUGCUGAAGUUCACGCGCAGGUUGGCUGUGGGUGAAGUCCUCCAAGCUCAGGCGAUUUGGAGGCGGCAGUUGCCCUUCGGAUCUCUUGAGAUGAAUUCUUCUGCUUGCCACCGAGGAGGCCAACCACUGGAGGGCCUUGAGCCCCGCUGCCGAUUGCUAAAGGAGAUGUUGCCCGUGUGGGGCUGA